UAGCAGAAAAUUAUAUUUCGAGGUUAGGUUGUGGCAUUAUUCUGCAAUUUGUAAACAAGGGCACUUGUGAUUCCCCUUUGCUUGUGAAUUUUUUGCUUCGAAUUCGUUCAAAUGGGAUUAAACAACAUGGACAGAAAAAGAGCGUUAACUGCUAAAGAACCUGAAGAAAUUGAGCGGAAAAUAAAUAAGUAUGGGUUGACUGACGAUUCGGAUGUUGUAGAACCUUUUCAAGACUCCGGUUCCGAGUAUAAGUCAGAAUCGUAUAUUUCAUCUGAAAGCGAUCUGGAGCUUCCUGACCGUCGUACUACACGUAAACGCAAAAGGAGCAACCAACAGAAAGUAAACCUAGCAGAAGAUUUGAUAAACACAGGUCGACAAAAAGCAGGUGUUGUUAGAAAACGCUGUAGUGGCAGACCCUCAAGUUCAUCAAAAAACCUCGUAAACGUAGGAGAUCAUUUGCCGUUUCUAGGAAAAUCUUGUCGUAGAUGUCAUUAAUGAACUUCUCAAAAAGUGUAAAAAAGAACAAAAACUAUGUAAUCAGGAUGUAAGCUUCCCUUGUGCAACAACUGUUUCCAAUCCUUUCACACUUAAAUGUUAGAAGUUUAUUAUUUUCGUUCAAGUUACAUUUUUAACUAUAAGUAUUUUUGUUACUUGUGGG